AUGGUCAAAGCAUUCAACCCUACCGGACUCCAAUGUUUACAUGGCAGCAGACCAAUACUAGAGAUUUCACUCAUAGCAGAGACUAAAGGAUCCUCCUUUUUGCUUAUCCACCCGUUUAAAAUGGCCAAGGACCAAAAGACCACCCAAAAGCGUUCCACCCUCGCUGAUGUUGUCACUCGUGAGUACACCAUCCACAUGCACAAGCAUGUCUUUGGUCGCUCUUUGAGAAAGCGUGCUCCUCAUGCUAUCAAGGCUGUCAAGGCUUUUGCUCAAAAGGCUAUGGGUACCAAGGACGUCCGUCUUGACCCCUCUUUGAACAAGGCCGUCUGGUCUCGUGGUGUUAAGCACACUAACCACCGUAUUCGUGUCCGUAUCGCCCGUAAGCGUAACGAUGACGAGGAUGCCAAGGAGAAGCUUUACUCUUAUGUCACCUUUGUCCCCACUGUUGACUUCAAGGGUCUUAACACCGAAGUCGUUGAGGAUGAGAACUAA